AUGGAACAGCUGGGCACGCUGGCUCCGAUUGAUGAUGGCGGCCUAGGCAUGCUUCAGCAUGCAGCAGUGACUGCGCGCGCUAAGCCGAUCGUGGCACCCUCGAACUCGCUCUCUUGCAAAGAAACGCUCGGUGCGCCAAUCAACCAGACGGGUGGCGAGCAUGUCCGAUGUGACCUGACGGCAGCUGCGUUCUGUCUAAACUGGCAUUUGGUUGUUGGUUGGUGGAUUCCGAUAGGCCAUGACUUCGGCGGUUGCUGGCCUCUGGCAUGCAUUCUUGCCCUUUUGCUGGUGGGCCGCUGGAACAUGCAAGAGCUACCGCCGCCAGUCCCACCCAUAAAGGGCAACAAAAGACUCUACCCAGCCUUACGCCCUGUACACUUUUGGUGUGAUGACCUGCCUCCACAUCGAUACCCAUAUCUGGCGAUGGCCGCGGCGGCGAUGUGGCUGCCGGCCUUGGCAGAUUACCCGAUCUACGACAACCAGAGUGUUCCGAUGUUGCCAAGGGUGAUCAGCUUUCUGCCUUGGUGGGUCGCUUUCAUGCCGGCUGCUUUGUGCAUGCUGGCCAUGGGCCGCUGCAGCCCCACUCAUCGAAUCGGGUCGGCGUGGCAUUGGGCAUCAAUCUGUGCCAUGAUUCCAGCCACAGCGGCCUUUGUGCUCACUGAGAGCACGUACACGACCCACCACAGGCAUGGCUACCGAUUCCUGCCGGCCUCCUACGCUUUCGUCGGCGUCUCCUUGACCCUUCUUGCGCUACUGGCUGGCUGUGAGGCAAGGAUAUCAUCGUGGCUUCGCAAGUACUGCAUGCUGGUUUGCUCUGGAAUGUACAUCGCCGGGGGUAUCUCCAAGCUGCUGAACAACAAGCCAUUUCUGCGCUGGGCGGAUGGAACGAUCCUUCAAUAUUGGACGCUGUGCUUUGAGAGUCACAGUGGAGAGAUCCCAUAUCCAUGGUUUUCGCGGAUGCUCGCCAACAGCACGGCUGUCUCGUCACUCUUCAGCUGGGCCACGAUGUGCUUUGAGUUGCCUCUUUCCAUAGCUGCCUUGGUGGGUCUGGGUUGCUUCGGCCAUCGGGCUGGCGGUUUAGGUUUGGUGAGGGUACUUUGGUGCAUCGUGGCCUGUGGCUUCCAUUGCGCUGUCAAUCUGCUUUGGGGGCCUAUCUCUGCCAGCAUGUACGACAUCCAGGCCUGGUUGCUUUUGCUUCUCGUGGCCGACGUGUGUUCUGUGACAUCCGUGUUCAGGGCUGAGCGGCCGCAAGAGACCACGCUGAAAACGCAGGAAGCGCAGGAAGCACAGGAGAGAGACCACGAAUCAUUGAAACAAGAAGCAUGGGGUGCGCAAAUCUUUCCGAUCUUGCUCUCCCUGUUGUGCACUCUGCUGCUUUUCGGCUGGGUGGCUGUUGCUCUGGCAUACCACUUCCCAUCUGAUGAUCCACAGUGGCCUAUAUGUUCCGUGCCGAUGUACUCCAUGUCCUGUGGAGUAAGGUCUUGCCCGGAUGAGUUCAGAAACGAGGUUUGGGAUCUUCCUUUGUACCAGCGGUUGUUCCUGUCACUCGCUGCAGCUUCGAUGACUAUGCUGCGUCAGCCCUGA